CUCCACGUUGUCUGGAUUAGUAAAUUAAUUCCCCCAUUACCAGAUUGUCCCCUCCCCUCCCACGUUCUCGCUGGAAGCCAACAUUAUAGUAGAAUUACCACCAUCAACUGUGAAUUCCGCCAUCUCCAUCCUUCUUCUUCUGCUUCCUCGGAUUCCUCUACCAAUGAAUCCCUCCCAAAUAAUAAACCCAGGAAGAAAAGGACGAAAUUUAUUUGUCCUUUGCACUCUGCCAUUCUGGGCUUUGUACCCCUGAAAUCAGGAACCAUAAUAACAGUGCACCAGACGAGAGAACGGAGCUUUGCUCAGCACUACACGACAAGAAAGCCCACUCCCUUGCCCGGGCCCUUCCCUUUUCUUCCUCGCAUCGUCAUUAUCACACUCUCUGUAACACAAAUCCAUUCCCCAAAAUCUCACUACUAAGUGGAGGAAUUUAGUGAGCGAGCGAGUGAUAAGAGAGAGGGAGAGAGCUUGGAGGUAGCUUUCAUGGCUGCUGCUGUGCUGCAAUGAUUCUUUCCCGUUUCUGGCUUCUGGGUUUGCUUUGGUGAGUCCCGAAGCUUGGAUUUCCGUUUUGCGUAACACAAUUUCUGUUGCGUCCCUUUUACAUUGCUCACUGACCUUAGCUACUUUCGCUCUCUCUCUCUGGUCCUAUAGCUUUCUCUCUUUCUAUUUUCUUUCUGUCUUCUCGUUUCGCUCGCUCCUUUCCCCUUUUUUCGCCUCCCCCACCCAUCUUUCUCACCCGUCUUUUCGUCUAAUGCUGUUCUUGUGUUUGUUUGUUUCAUUGAAACGAAAGAAAUCGCCAUUCACAUGCUCCUAGGCUGAUCUACAUUGCGACCUCAGUCUUUGAAUGGGGGUUUGAGUGAAAUCCCAUCCAUCAGAAGGUUGAUAUUUUUUCCUGGGGGUGAAAAGAAGAGAAGGGAGAGAUGCUGUGCGCUUGCUCAGGGGAGCAGCAAUUUCGAUUCGAGGAGGCGCCGCCGUCGCCGGUUUCUCUAGCCACCAGAGAUUUUUCCGCCGGCGGCCUCUCUUCCAGGACAGCCGGCGAAUGGGAGUCCAGCUCCAAACUCGAGGAUGUUCAAGUCGAUGAAGCUGAAUCCACUCUCAAAGAGGCUCUUUCCUUGAAUUAUGAGGAAGCAAGGGCAUUGCUGGGACGGCUGGAGUACCAGAAAGGGAAUUUCGAUGGAGCACUUCAGGUGUUCCGGGGAAUUGACAUCAAGGGCUUGAAACCCAAAAUGAUCAUGGCCAUCGUUGGAAGAACCCAGCAAAGGAAGCCGCGUUACAACAAGGGCGAAACUCCCCCGCCAUCAACAAGUGGAAUGUCCAUGAACUCAGUCACUCUACUUCUGGAAGCGACCUUGCUCAAGGCUAAGUCACUCGAGGAAAUGGGACUUUUCAGAGAGGCUGCAAAGGAGUGCCGAGUUAUCUUGGACAUAGUCGAAUCAUCCCUACCGAAUGGCAUGCUUGAAGGCGUUCCCAGGCACUUUAAGCUAGAGGAAAUGCUACACAAGGCUCUAGAGUUACUCCCCGUUCUGUGGACGAGGGCAGGCCAGCUUGAUGAAGCCAUUGCAGCAUAUCGAAGAGCUUUAAUCAAGCCAUGGAAUUUGGAACCUUGGAGGUUGGCCAAAGUGCAGAAGAACUUGGCUUCCAUGCUACUCUACGGUGCUUUUGAGACCAAACUUCCUCUUCACUUGCAAUUGUUUGGCCCGGAUACUCCCAAAAGCAACACCGAAGAAGCAAUCCUUCUGUUAUUGCUACUCAUGAGUAAGGUUGCCUGUGGUGAAAUAAAAUGGGAUGAAGAAAUCAUGGAUCAUUUGACUUAUGCACUCACCAUUACAGAUCAGUUUGAGUUAUUGGCAGAACAUGUGGAACAAAUUCUCCCAGGCGUGUACAAUAGAGCUGAGAGAUGGUAUGUUCUUGCCCUAUGUUAUCAUGCUGCUGGUCAGAAUGAAAUUGCUUUGAACUUGUUGAAGAAAGUUUCUGGGUUUUCCGAGUCCAACCACAAACCUAAUGUGAGUUCUUAUCUUCUGGGAGCAAAACUGUGUUCAUUAAACCAAAUGCACUGCCGGGUAGGCAUUACUUUUGCUGAGAAAGCAAUUGAUCUAAGCGAACAUUUCAAACCUCAAGUUCACAAGUUACUCGGUAUCUGCCUUGGAGAUGCAGCAAGAAGUUCUGUGUGUUAUUUAGAGAGGAAUCAGUUGCAGAAGGAGGCUUUGAGCUCUCUGAAUCAUGCAGCUCUAACCUGGAAGGAGGAUUCUGAAGUGUUGUAUGCUCUUGGAGUGGAAAACUCGCUUCAAAGGAAUCAAGAUGCAGCAUUUCAGAAUGCCAUGAUGUAUGCUGAAGCAGUAUCUGGUAACUCAGUGAAAGGGUGCAAGCUAUUGGCCCAUGUAAUUUCAGCAGAUCAGCGGUUUAAGGAUGCUGAAAUGGUAGUCGAGUUCGGUUUGGAUGAAGCUGGAAGGAUGGAUCAGUUGGAGCUUCUUAGGGUGAAGGCUGUUCUUCGAGUUGCUCAGGAACAACCCAAAGAAGCAAUAGAGACAUACAGAUUGUUGCUAUCUCUUAUUCAGGGACAGCGUGACCUACAGGCGAAAAGUGCAGAUAAUCAAGUACAGAUCUUUGCAACUGGAAAUGCAGAGAGGAACUUGGAGCUGGCAGCAUGGCAAGACUUGGCUGCCAUAUACAUAAAACUCGGUCUAUGCUCAGACGCUAAGAUUUGCAUUGAUAGGUCCAUGCUUAUGGAAUUCUUCUCUCCCAGAGGUUGGCAUACAACAGGGACAUUGUUUGAAGCUCAAGAACUAUUCAGGGAAGCCCUGGUUUCUUUCUCAAUGUCACUGUCAAUAGAACCAGACUAUGUACCAAGCGUCGUCUCAACAGCAGGGGUGCUGAUGAAACUCGGUGGAGAAUCCAUUCCAAUUGCCAGAAGCUUUCUGAUGAACGCACUGCGUCUUGAUCCAACGAAUCAUGAGGCAUGGAUGGACCUCGGGUUGAUCUCAAAGCAGCAAGGGUCGUUGCAGCAAGCUGCAGACUGUUUUCAAGCAGCUUAUGAGCUGAAACUGUCUGCUCCACUGGAAAGCUUUACUCCUUGUAGGCCAUGAUGUUAAAACAGACAACUUUCACAUCAAAAAAUCAAAUAAAGUUGGUUUAUGCAGGAAGUCUUCACACUUGGCCAUCAUCAUUUAGCAACUGUUGUAGGUCAGGAAU